AUGCAUACUGACCUUCUACUAACAACAUCGAUUCAAUUGAAUUCCAAUUCGACCACCGAAUCUGCAUUAGUUCUAAUCGAUAACACGACUAUAUGUGCUGAUCAAUUGAUUGGUGAUGCCUUGGAAGGCCUAUCGGGAAGAAUUAUCUGGGGUAUCGUUCAAUUAAUAUUGAUGAUUCUAGGAAACAUUGGGAACAUCCUGACACUAAUUGUCCUGAAUCGUCGAUUAAUGCGAAAAGGCGGCGUGAACAAUUUACUUCAAGGGCUAGCCAUCAGUGAUAUUGUCGCUCCUACUCUUGCAUGUAUUCCUCAUAUUAUAUAUUAUUAUGGCCCGAAGAAUAACCAUAAUUUGAUCAGCUUUGUAAACUCGUUUGUUAUGCCUUUAGCAACAGGCGCAACCUUUUGCUCAAACUGGAUCGUUGUUAUGAUAACAUCGUUCCGAUUGAUGAUUGUUGUUAAACCUCUCUAUUCGCAAGUUUAUUGUUCGAGCGAAAACGAACGUAAAGCGUUGAUUGUCAUUUUUCUUGUUAGUAUACUGUCAAUUGUACCAUAUUAUUAUUAUUAUUCGAAUGGCGAUGCGCUUGAUGUGAUUAAAGUCAUAUCAGCUGGAUUGUCGUUAUUAGGCCCGUGGGUAAUAUGCUUAAUCCUGUGGAUUUUGUUAAUACGCAUUGUUAAUCGUGAAAUCGGAACGAAGAAAUCGAAGGAAUUCAUUUUGCAUUCGGAGGUCGUCGCCCAACGUUUAAAAUCAAAAUCUCGAAUAACACGAAUGGUUCUAAUCAUAUGUUUUUGUAAUAUAAUUUGUCAACUACCUGUACUUGUUUUGACACUAUUCGGCCUUAUCGAUGGAAAUCCAUGCGGUCAUCCGAAAGCAUUCAUAUUCAUGUGUUUAUUAUUCCUCUCGAAUCUUUUGCUAAUUGUCAAUCAUUCGAUCAAUUUCUUUAUCUAUUCGUUGACGAAUUCGAAAUUUCGCUAUACGUUGCAAAUCAUGUGUCGUCACUGUUGUUGUCUCAAAGAUUGUUGCCAAAAACGAACUCAAACGCAAAGGCAACUGAUGAUAUCCGAUGAUCCGCGAAAACUGUCUCGACUCAACCCACCUAAAGGUGAUAGCAAUUCCUAUUCGUAUUCCAGAACUGCAGAUAGUCCACGUGGAAUCUUGAUCGUACGAACAACAAAUUCAUUGAGGAAUAAUCGGCUCAACAAUCUCUCUGCGCGUGUGGCAUUAUGA